AAAAUUAGUCAUUUAUAAUGUGAUAAGUUUGUAUUACAAGACAUCUACUCUGGGAGAAAUUAUGGAAACUAAGAUACAGUAGAAAAAUAAUUGUCUCUAAAAUAAGAGGGCAUGGGUUCAAAAAUAUUUACUUCACUGGACAUCAGUUUCUGCAAAGAAAAAAAAUGAGAACUAAAUGGCUUCUGAGAUCUCUUCCAUAUCUGCAUUGAUGAUACUAAGAUCUAAGAAACUUUCUUGGUCUAGAUACUAUGCACUUUUUCAGUGAAAAAAAAAACAUUUUAUGUAAUGGAUUUAUCUUGAGGAGUCAUAAUUAGUCUUGGUGUCUUCGCUGACAUUUCACUAAUUAAUUCUAUUAUUUUUUUUUUCCCUUCCCCACAGUCAUUGUCAUGAUAAACCAAAUGAAUGGCCAAGGAAAAUUCCACGGUGGUCACAGAGUUCCUCCUUUUAGGACUGUCAGAUCGUGCAGAAUUGAAAGUGUUUCUCUUUAUGCUUUUCUUGGUGAUAUAUGUCAUUUCUUUGGUGGGGAAUCUUGGCAUGAUUAUAUUAAUUCAAAUCACUCCCAAGCUUCACACUCCUAUGUACUUUUUCCUCAGUUGUCUCUCAUUUGUUGAUGCUUGCUAUUGUUCUGUUUUUGGACCAAAAAUGCUUGUGAAUUUCUUUGAGGAGAAGGCAACCAUAUCAUUCACUGCUUGUAUAAUGCAAUAUUUUUUAUUUGUGGUUCUUCUUACCACUGAGGGCUUUUUCCUAGCAGUGAUGGCAUAUGACCGAUAUGUGGCAAUUGCUAAUCCACUACUUUACAUGGUGGUCAUGACUAAGAGAGUAUGUGCCAUCCUGGUCACUGGUUCAUGUAUAGGGGGAAUGAUUAAUUCACUGACACACACAAUUGGCUUAGUUAGAUUAACUUUCUGUGGACCAAACAUCAUUAGUCAUUUCUUCUGUGAUUUGCCCCCACUGCUGAAGCUCUCCUGCUCUGACACUUCAAGAAAUGAAUUGUUGCUCUUGAUAUUCUCAGGAAUAAUUGCCAUAAUCACCUUCUUGACUGUAAUCAUCUCUUAUAUCUUUAUUGUUAUUGCCAUCCUCAGGAUCCGCUCCACAGCUGGGAGAUAUAAAGCCUUCUCCACCUGUGCUUCCCACCUGACAGCUGUGACUUUGUUCUAUGGCUCCAUAAGCUUUAGUUACAUUCAACCAAGCUCCCAAUAUUCCUUAGAACAAGAAAAAGUAGUUUCUGUGUUUUACACCAUGGUAAUCCCAAUGCUUAACCCACUGAUAUAUAGCCUAAGAAACAAGGAGGUCAAGGAUGCUAUGAAAAGGGCAACAGAAUUGAAACCAUCUUUCUGUUAA